AUGGCAACAAGUCGAUCGCCCGUCAUAAUGCCCAGACCUGGGCGUCAUUCUUUAUUCCAAGAAUAUAGUGGUGGAGGUAGUGCAGCUUCUAGCCGCUCCAAUAGCGAUUCAUCGAUAUCUUCUACGCUCAGUCCAACUCGUAGUAAGUCUAGUACAUGGCAGUCUCCAGGUGGUAUUUGGGGCGUGAAUACAAUCGGAAGUGGCAUCACAAAUACGGCUCGUGACAUUUCAAGGUCCUGCACGAAAGAUAGUCAGGAAUUUUCUGAUGCACCCAGUGGAUCUGGUGCAUUAGCUGCAUCAUCAGAGGCUGAUCCUUGGGUCAGCCAUACCUGGAAUCACACAAACUCUGCCUCUACAUCAAUGCAGUCUAAUUCUGAAAAUACAACAUCUACACCUCCGGCUCGUCACUCUAUGCCAAACGUGAAUCAACAUCAAUUACGAGAAGCCUCAAAUGGUUACCAACAACAUUCUCGAACUAUGUUCAGCCAUGAGGCAAGCUUACCAAGAUCACAACCAAAGAGCAACCUUGAUCCAUCUUCAGGUCCAUUCAAUUUUGCUCAAUCAUCUCUAGCCACGUACGAUGAGAAGGAAAAUGUUGGCUCUCAUAUCUCAAACACAUAUGCGAGCGACGUCGGCUUAUCCAAGUAUCUUCCUAUGGCGAACCUUUCAAGAGAUAUUUCUAGAUCUUUAUCAAAUGCGAUUGAUACGAUUGGAGCUUCUGAUGGCUGUCAGUUUGGAGAUGGAAAUACGCAAAUGGGGUUGAUGGGAAGUCAUACCCGUAACAGCUCCAUUCACUCCCAGCCUAUGUCUCUCUCACCACAUUCUCGUUCAAUAGGAAGCCAAAUUCAAAAUCUUCGUUUCGACCUAUUGUCAUCGGAUGCUGAGCUUGGUGAAAAAAUGGCAGGCUUCGGAAUUCCGCGUGAUGUAGAUCAGGCAAUGUCGAUGUACCCGAAUCAUCGUCUAGCACCUCACUAUACUUCAAAACCCCCUCAAACUAAUCCACACAUGUCUCCACAAACCUUACCAUUUGUAAAUAGUUCAGCAAUGUGGAACGAGGGAAUUAACGCGGCGAAUAUGCGUGAAUCAUAUCAAAGUCAACUACAUAAUGACUCGAGGAAUAUGAACAAAAUGGCCUCGACUUCACAUCCCCAUAAUCGGCAGAAUAUGAGCUGUAACAAAAGCAGGCGAGCAUCCGAACAAUUCCUUGGCUCGGGCCCAGUUGGAAUGCAAUCAGGUCAGGCUUUAGGUCAUGCAGGGAGAAGAAUAUCCUGCGCUCCUUUCAAUCAUGCUCAAAACUACGUUAAUGCACCAAACUUCAAUACCCAAUUUCCGACCCCAAUCUAUGAUUUGCCUCCUACCUCACACAAGUCGGGUCUGAUGGGUCUUCCUUACGACUAUCCAAUGCUUGUUCAGUCGUACCAUGCGUCGCAGCCUAUAUUUAUGCAUCCAUCCAAGGGUCAUGACACCGGUUUUGGAAUUCGCAGCACAGUGCUUGAAGAUUUCCGCGCAAACCUUAAGUCAAACAAGAAAUUCGAACUGAAAGAUAUCUACAAUCACAUAAUUGAAUUUAGCGGCGAUCAACAUGGGUCUCGUUUCAUUCAGACAAAGCUUGAAACUGCUAGCAGUGAUGAGAAAGAACGAGUAUUCCUUGAAUUGAAACCAAACGUUCUACAAUUGACGACUGAUGUGUUUGGGAAUUAUGUCAUUCAAAAGCUCUUCGAACAUGGAAACCAGGCCCAAAAACGCGUGCUCGCGGAGCAGUUGAAAAACCAUGUCGUAGAGCUAUCCUUACAAAUGUAUGGGUGUCGGGUAGUACAAAAAGCGCUUGAGUAUGUGCUCGCAGAUCAACAGGCCAGUCUCGUAAAAGAGCUUCAGAUGGACAUCCUAAAAUGUGUGCAGGAUCAGAAUGGAAAUCAUGUUGUGCAGAAAGCUAUAGAGCGUGUUCCUAAUCAGCAUGUUCAGUUUAUCCUUGACGCUUUUCGUGGUCAAGUUGAGACGCUCGCCACUCAUCCUUAUGGUUGUCGAGUCAUCCAACGCAUCCUAGCUUUCUGCAAGCCUGAAGACCAAUCUGAGAUUCUCAAAGAGCUACAUGAAUGCUCACAGAAGCUCAUCAUGGAUCAAUAUGGAAAUUAUGUCAUACAACACGUGAUUCAACAUGGAAGGCUUGAGGAUCGUGAUAAAAUUAUAAACCUAGUACUUCGACAACUCCUGAACCUCUCAAAUCACAAGUUUGCGUCAAAUGUCGUUGAAAAAAGCAUAAUUCAUGGAACUGAAAAGCAGAGGCGUGCCAUGGUUUCUCAUCUGACCGCUAUUGGAUGUGAUGGAACUAGUCCGCUACAGCUUAUAAUGAAAGAUCAAUUUGGAAACUAUGUGAUUCAAAAACUUCUUGCUCAGCUCCAGGGUGUAGAGAAAGUAGCAUUUCUUAAUGAUAUGAAACCCCAGCUCCUUCAGUUGAAAAAACAUAAUUACGGCAAACAAAUUGCUGUAAUUGAGAAAUUGCUUUUUACAGAAAUUGAGGACUCAUCGCUACCCAAAACUUGUAGCCCAAUGAAAUCUCAGAGAUUCACAAUGGAAAUUGACUCAAGGGUAGCUACACCAAUGCUUACAAAUGCUCAGAAUAGUCCUCAGAGCAACGGUAGAUCUAGCGCCAAUAUCAGCAUUAUUGACGACUCGAUUAAGGAUUGCGAGGAUAUCUUCAUGAAAUUUAAUCUCUGUCCUGACUUAGUCGUUGAUAGUCACUAG